CCGAUUUGAAAUGGUAAUAUUGUUAAUGAAUUCAGUAAAUUGAUACUAAAAUGUAAAUAAAGUGACCUUUUCAAUAUCACUAGCAAAAUGUUGGUGAAGAGACAUUGUACAAUAGCUUUAGUGUUAUGUUUUUCGUAUUUGAAAUGGCGAGACCGUCAGGAUUGGGCCCUUGUCCAAGAAUCGAUAGUGCCAGUGCAGUUAAUAAGACCAAAUUUGCUGGUGUAUGGUAUGAGAUUGAAAGAUCGUUUUACCUGAUGGAGCUGGUUAGUAGCUGCGUUACAAUAGAUUUAAGAGAAAGCUAUCGAGGACAUUUUGAUGUUGUAGUUAAUGCGAAAAGUGCAUGGACUGGUAGCUUUUCAAUUAGUGACGGAAUCGCAAUUCCAUUAAGAAGGGAUCCAAGCAUUUACUUAUACAAAGUGAAUAGCAAUCUCCCAAGAAUACUUAGCAGGUACCUUCCCGGAGCAGGUUUUUACCAGGUUUUAAAAACCGAUUACUCAAAUUACGCAGUUAUUUACACUUGUACUAAUUAUCAAGUAGUCCACGUAGAUAUGGUAUGGAUAUGGGGCCGGAAAACUGAAAUAAACGCAGAAUUGAGAUCAGACUUAUACGCUUUAUUAAAUACAUAUGAAAUCGAUACAGACAGACUAAUCCUUUCCAAGAACGAGAACUGUACCGACGAGGUAGAUGAGGAUCUAUAUGAAUACUGGGACUAGCAAAUAUUUUAUUUUUAUUUGAUUACUAUUAAAAAUAAAUUAAAAAUAUAUGUAUUCGGUUGUAUUUAUUAACUAGUAGAUCACAAUUAAACCAAAUUAAG